CUUCAUUUUCAUUGGAUUUUAAUUAUUUUUAUUUUUAGUGUAAAUUUGAAAUUUUUAUUGAGAAUCGUUAUUUGCCUGUGCUCCAUUCGUCACUUCGUACACGGGUCCAAAGUGAAGAACAUGACUUAUGCGGUCACGAGGCAAAUACGCUCGCUCGGAUUUCCCGAGAACACUGGAAUGGGGAUUUUUUUUGCUGUCAGCAUCCCCAUAGAUAUCCCGAACAAAUCCAUCGCAGUGUCGUUUUACUUCGAGGCUAAUUACCGGCUCCCGGACUACAAGAACUCGAGCUACUCCGACGAAUACUUCGGCGUGAGGAGUCUCGACAGACGACUGCUUUACGAAAUGCUCCAGAGCAAACUGGAGAGGGCCGGUUUUCCUGGCAAACCUUGCCUGAUGCGAGCAAUAUGUGACGCUGCGAAAAAGCCCCUCACCAAGAAUGGCCUCGUCGACCUUCUUCGUCGCGGAGUGAGGAAAUCGAGGUCGAAGUUCAGCGAGCCGAGUUCGAGGAGGACUGCACCCGGUACAAAGAAUGCCCGGUCAACGUCUUGGAUCUCAUAAGUUACUAUAUUUGAAAAAGCAACAUAUUUCGUUAUAUUUACACAAAUACAGUAUGA